AUGCGACUGUCGACCACUAUUGCGACUGCGCUGUCAAUGACUGGGGGGCUUGGUCUUGCGCAAAGCACUGGGCCAUCCAACCUGAAUGAAGCAUUGCCAUACUGGGUCAACGGCCUGGUCCCGCUCGCCUAUACAUUGCAAGAUGAGCGUCUCAAAGAGCAGGUCUCUACAGUUGUCGAUACCGUUCUGGAUCGCAUCCAGCCCGACGGGUGGAUCGGACCAGAGACUGUUGCUGGGGGUCAGCGAAUGAUCUGGGCUCGCACACUCAUCUUCCUCGGAUUGACCAACCUUGCCGAUGCAAAUGCAACAUAUGAGAAGCCUAUUGUGGAUGCGUUGCAUCGCUUCAAUGGUCUCAUGAAUUCGAUGCUGAAGAACAAUGGAACUGGAAUGGUUUAUCAGAGUGGUGAUAAGCUGAGCGCAGAUGAUUUCGUUUGGUUUCAAGCGCGGUCAGAGGAUAUGAUUGUUAGCUUGCAGUGGCUUCUGGAUUACCAUCCCGGGAACCAGACCAAUCUCCUAAAGCAGAAUAUUGAGAUGAUUUAUAAAUAUGCCUCUAAGUGGGAGGGAUGGUACACUGAAGAGAAUUACGUUUCUCAGGAUCUGUACGAUGUGCCGGCGUCAGUCACAGAUGAUCAGUGGCCAUUUUUGCAUGGUGUUACAGUCGCUGAGGGUCUCAAAUACGCAGCUGUCAUGCGGCGCUCGACUUCCAAUGAAAGCCUCCUAACGACCGCAAAGAAUGGAGUAGAUUGGACAUUCAAAUAUCACGGCUCUGCGUCCGGAACCAUUCUCGCAGAUGAGCGCCUCGCUGGUCUCAAUCCGUAUUACGGAUCGGAACUGUGCACUGACGUUGAAGUGAUCUACUCCCUUGCGUACAACUUCUAUGCAAUUGGUGACUCUGAUUACGCAGACCGUGCCGAACUGGCGGCCUUCAAUGCUCUCCCGGCUGCGGUUUCGGGGGAUUGGUGGAGCCAUCAGUAUAUGACCGAGCCCAAUCAGCCAUUCUCAAAGAAUCUGUCAGCGACGCCCUUCUGGAACGUCAACACUCUUGGGCAAACCUUCGGCGUGGAGCCCGACUAUCCAUGCUGCACUGUGAACCAUCCUCAAGGCUAUCCCAAAUUCGCCAUGUACAGCUAUGUAAGAAAUGGUGAUACGGGGAUUGUUCACUCGCUGCUUAGCCCUGGACGUGUUCAGACUGAGAUCCAAGGAAAGAUAGUUUCUGUCGACUGUCAGACAGACUAUCCUUUUGACAAUACGCUGUCUUAUACUGUGGACAGUGAUGUGCCAUUCCAAUUGUAUCUCCGCGUUCCCAACUGGGCUACUCAGACAAAGAUCCAGGGAUCUCCCCGGGACGAUAGCGCGCCCAAGGAUCCAAAGACUGGUCUGAUCAAGCUCAACCUUCCAGCUGGCACUACGAAGUUUAGUUAUCAACUUGGAAUGGAUCUGAUCACCGCCGAUAGGGCCAACGACACUGUCGCGGUCUACCGAGGACCUCUCCUGUACGCGCUGCACAUCCCACACACCACGUCAGCGGAGGCACCCAGAUUCUACAAUACCCAGAAAGACUAUCCAGCCGGAACAUACCCAGACCAGGCUCAUGAUUACGCAUUGCUGAACACCACCGAGUGGAACGUGGCCAUUGACCCAUCCACCUUGGAAUAUCACGCCGGUUCGGGAUCGCUUCCAGAGCCGACCUUCACGGAUGGCCAAUUGCCGAUGUAUAUGACCGCCAGGGCAUGUCUGAUUGACUGGCCCAUGUUUCGGGGCGCUGUGCCGGACUCACCCAUCCCCAAGAGUAAUCGGACGUGUCUGAGCGAUAUUUUCGAGGCGACAUUGCGUCCGUAUGGAAGUGCAAAGCUGCACAUGUCGGAUCUUCCCACUAUUAAUCUUACAGGGAAAUGA